AUGAUGAAUCCCCUCAUGUGCGACCAGGGCAUUGCUAACAUGACGGCAGUGGAAAGCGUUCAACUUCGUCGAUGUCUCCCCGGUGAAACUGUCGGAAGACAGCUCCGCACUGUUCGGGGUAAGUUUACAAACGACUUGGCUAGUCUCUGUACUGGCUCUGCAAACCUGUUCGUCGGUACCGUGGAUGGUUUCGUGCACAUCGUGUCGUCGUCAUUUCGAAUACUGCGUUCAUUCAAAGCGCAUGAUGUCGGGUCUAUCACGCAUAUGAGACAGAUCGCCGGGACGUCGCUGCUCGUCACAAUUGCGGAAGAUCUUUCAAACGAGCCGAUUCUUAAAGUCUGGGCACUGGAUACAGAGAGGAAGGAUGGAAGCCCGAAGUGUCUGUCGACGACCUCGGUUCAGAAUGCUAGGAGACAAUUUCCGAUAUCCGCUGUUGGAGUUGUCGAUGAUCUUUCACAGGUAGCGGUCGGUUUCGCAAACGGCUCGGUAACCAUAAUUCGUGGCGAUCUCAUUCAUGACCGUGGUGCGCGACAAAGAAUCGUCUUUGAAUCGGAGGAACCCAUUACUGGACUCGAAACGCAAAAUGGGGCGGUGACUGUACUCUACAUUUCGACUACUAGUCGGAUAUUGACACUGGUGAUUGCGGGUCGGGGACAAGGCCAGCCGGCUCGCGUUUUAGAGGACACUGGGUGCGCAUUGGGCUGCAUGACCCUUGACCGGGAAACAGGGCAGAUCCUUAUUGCGAGAGAAGAUGCGAUUUACAACUAUGGGCCUCGUGGGAGGGGUCCAAGCUACGCCUUUGAGAGUCCCAAGACGUCGAUCAAUGCGUUCCGUGACUACGUUGCACUGGUUUGCCCGCCUAAAGCAACUUCUGCCAAAGGUGAUCCGUUGCGCCGGUAUGGUGUCGAUCCAGCGGAGGAGAUACUCGGGACUACGACGUUCACGCUUCUCGAUACCGACCUCAAAUUCAUUGCGCAUAGCGAGUCGCUUUUGUCACCAAUGAAACGCAUUUUUGUCGAAUGGGGGGAUCUAUUUCUGCUGAAUACUGAGGGCAAGCUUUACCGGUAUCGCGAGAAGAGCCUUCAGCAAAGACUUGAGAUUCUCUAUGAGCGCAACUUAUAUAUCUUGGCUAUCAAUCUUGCGCAGAAGAUCGGUAUCGAUCCUCUGCAGCAAAAUGCCAUCUAUAGAAGAUACGGCGACUUCUUAUAUCAGCGUGGCGAUUAUGAUACGGCAAUGCAGCAAUACCUUCGGGCGAUCGACAAUACGGAGCCAUCACAGGUCAUUCGAAAGUAUCUGGACACUCAACGAAUUCACAAUCUCAUCGAGUACCUAGAAGAACUUCACGACCAUGGUCGCGCAACUGUCGACCACACCACGCUUCUUCUGAACUGCUACGCAAAGCUCAAAGAUACAACCAAGCUUGACUCGUUCAUCAAGGCUCCCGGUGAGCUAAAGUUUGAUCUGGAGACGGCUAUUGCGAUGUGUCGCCAAGGAGGCUACUUUGAGCAGGCCGCGUUUCUCGCGACGAAACAUGGUGAGAACGACAUGGUCGUUGACAUUCUGAUUGAGGAUUCGAAAAAGUAUGCUGAGGCUGUGGAGUAUAUUUGGCGACUGAAUCCUGAAGCGGCUUAUCACAACCUGAUGAAAUAUGCGCGCGUCUUACUCAAUCACUGCCCGGAGGAGACAACCGAGCUAUUCAAGGCCUACUAUACAGGCCAGUAUCGACCUCGAACUACCGUGGAACCUCCACCCGCACCCCAGGCGCAGCCUACAAGUACAGUUCAGAGUCUUGCAGCACUUCUACCACUUCGUUAUGUGACCGGGUCGCUGGUCUCACAAGCCCAGAGUUCGGGCCCUGAGGCGAGUGCGACGGAGGCGGAGCCAGCACCCAAGCUUCCUCCACGAUACGAGAUCCCGAAACCAAGGACGGCAUUCUCUGCUUUCGUAGAUCACCCACAUAAUUUCAUUGACUUCUUGGAGACUCUAGCGCAGCAGCCGGACCUUACAAAUGAGGCUCAAGUGGAUCUGUUCACAACGUUAUUUGAAAUGUACCUUGAUGCUGCAAAGUCAACCAAGGACUCCGCUCAAAGGCAGAUCUGGGAGGACAAGGCCAAAAAGCUGAUCGAAGACAAGGAGACCCCGAUAUCCACUUCGAAUGUCCUGCUGUUAUCAGAUCUCUCAAGCUUCAAAGAAGGAUCCACGCUAGUUCGCGAACAGGAAGGGUUGCGUCUCGAUAUUUUCCGCUCAUUCACAUCUGCCAAAGACACCCAGGGCGCUAUUCAAGCACUGCGUCGAUACGGGCCUGAUGAGCCCCAGCUCUAUAUCGAUGCCCUAACGUACUUUGCCUCGAGUCCGCAAGUACUCGAAGAGGCCGGCGAUGAACUGGACAAAGUCUUACAGCGCAUUAACGACGACGGACUUCUUUCCCCCUUGCAAGUGAUUCAAGCCGUCAGCAACAACGCCGUGAUUACAAUGGGUAGACUGAAAAAGUAUCUGGGCGACAACAUCGCCAGCGAGGACAAGCAAAUCAAGACGAACAAGCGCUUAAUAUCCAGCUACAAGGCCGAAACCGCCGCCAAGCAACAAGAACUCACCAACCUCGCCUCACAGCCCGUCGUCUUCCAAUCCCGACGCUGCCAAUCCUGCGGCGGUACCCUCGACCUACCAACCGUCCACUUCCUCUGCCGCCACUCCUUCCACGAGCGUUGUCUCAACCGCGUCGACGAAGAUGCACAGUGUCCCGUGUGUGCGCCUACCAAUUCCACAUUGCGGGCCAUUCGCCAGCGACAGAUCGAUUCUGCGGAUCAGCAUGACUUGUUCAAGGCCGAGCUGUCCAGAUCGAAGGAUCGGUUCGGUGUCGUGAGUGAGUUCUUUGGAAGAGGGGUGAUGAAAGCUUCGAGUACGAUGGAUAAUUAG